AUGGGUUUGAUCCAUUUUCUGGUUUCUCGGUUUAUUCUGCUCGUAUGUUCUACGCCACCACCUGUUUGUGGGAAUGCCGAGCUGGGAGCUCUGAUGGAGUUGAAGGCCUCUCUGGACCCGGAAGGCAGGGUUUUGAAGUCGUGGACCAAAGAAGGUGACCCGUGUAGUGGUUCAUUCGAAGGCGUGGCCUGCAACGAGCACCGCAAAGUGGCCAAUGUUUCUUUGGUGGGGAAGGGUCUCUCGGGUCGGGUCUCACCGGCAGUGGCAGAGCUGAAGUGCUUGUCGGGUCUGUACCUGCACUACAACAGCUUGUCAGGAGAGAUUCCUAAAGAGAUAUCGUAUCUCACUGAGCUCACUGAUCUGUAUCUCAACGUCAAUAAUCUAACUGGGGGUAUUCCUUCUGAGAUUGGGAACAUGACUAGUCUGCAAGUUAUACAGCUAUGUUGUAACCAGCUGACAGGAAAUAUACCAACACAGAUGCGAUCCAGAGGAGGCAGUUUUUCACAAUACCACAAGAAAAAAAAUGGGAGCAGCAACGAGGGUUUGGAUGAGCACUUUGGUGGUGGUGAUGGCGGUGCUGGUGUUUGGACUUGGGGACUGCGCGGCGCCGGCUCCUUCGGUGGACUGCUCGAGCCUGAUCUUGAACAUGGCGGACUGCUUGUCGUUUGUGUCGAAUGGGAGCACGGAAACGAAGCCGGCAGGGACUUGCUGCAAUGGCCUCAAGACUGUGCUCAAAGCCGACGCCUCCUGCCGCCUCUGUGA